UAAAAGAAGAUGCUGUGAUAGGCAGCACAGGCUGUGUACUCUGACUGCCACAAUGCAGAAACUCCAAGUGAAAAUCUUGAUGCUGUGUGCGCUGUGCUAUGGCAUACUGGCAAUGCCGAUGCCACCAAAGGAAAGUGAAGGAGGCAUUACUCCAGAGGAUCGCAAGGCUGCAGAGGUUUACCUAAAAAAUUUCUACACAUUUGCAAAUAAAACAAGAAACACAUUUGAGGAGAGGCUCAGAGAAAUGCAAAGAUUCUUUGGAAUGAGGGUAACAGGGAGGCUGGACAACGGUACAAUGACUAUGAUGAAAGCUCCACGAUGUGGCAUGCCUGAUAUGGCAGAGGUCAGAGCUGUUCCUGGAAGACCAAGAUGGAGACAAACGUCUCUGACCUACAGAAUCCUGAAUUUCACUCCUGACCUGCCCCAGAAUUUGGUGAAUGAUUCAAUAAAGCGAGCUUUUGAUGUUUGGAGCCAAGUCACACCACUUACAUUUAAUCAAGUUGGAAAUGGUCAAGCUGAUAUACUUAUUCAGUUCUCCAGUUCAGGUCACAAUGAUGGGUCGGCUUUUGAUGGUCGUAAUGGGGUGCUGGCACAUGCCUACUUUCCAGGCUUAGGAAUCGGUGGUGAUGCUCACUUUGAUGAAGAUGAAACAUGGACAAUUAACAGAGCAGCAUUCAACUUGUUUCUAGUUGCUGCACAUGAAUUUGGUCAUUCUUUGGGACUGGAACACUCCAACGAUCGUUCAGCUUUGAUGUUCCCAACCUAUCGCUACGUCAAUACGGAUGGUUACCGCUUGCCGCAAGAUGACGUCUCUCGGAUCCAGGCACUGUAUGGGAGAAGGCCAUCAUAACUCAAGAGGCCAGAUAAAGAAGCCUGCUUUCAGGAUUGCUGAUAUAUGUACUACUUAUUCUCAUGCUUUUCCAUAUACAGUAAAUCCUUGGAUUGAGAGUUACUUGGUUUAUAAAUGUUUUGCAAGACAAGCAAAAUUUUUUCAUAAAUUUUGACUUGAUAUACUAGCCGUCUUUAUAUACAAGUAGCGUCA